UCCGGGAAGGUACAGGAAGUCUGUAAACAGCAACCAAUCAAAGGAGAACCUGACGCAGGACAGUCGUUAGCUUGAUGCCGAGAUUAGUUUAUUCUUUAAUAGAAACCUGUUUUUAAUUACUUCAUAUAAGGAAGUUUACUUUGAGUCGAUUGAAGAAUGGGUAGGAGCAGGAGCCGAACGCCUCCGAGACGAGAGAGAAGACGGUCCCGCUCCACCUCACGGGAACACGAGCGACGCCGCAGGGACCGGGAACGCUCUCGCUCCAGGGAGCGGGACCGAGACCGCCGCAGGUCUCGAUCCCGCUCCCCACACAGGAGGAGAUCAAGGACUCCCCCUAGACGCCAUCGCUCCUCCUCUCAGUCUCCUGGAAGGCAGAAGGACAGACGGGACGACGAGCGGAAAGACUCCAAAGACAAAGCCGGAAAGCCCAUUCAGAUCUCAGCUGAGGACAUGGAGGGCAAAACAGAAGAGGAAAUUGAGAUGAUGAAAUUGAUGGGUUUUGCUUCCUUUGAUACAACCAAGGGGAAGAAAACGGAUGGAUCAGUUAAUGCAUAUGCAGUCAACGUUAGCAUGAAGAGGAAAUACAGGCAGUACAUGAACAGAAAAGGAGGAUUUAACAGACCACUGGACUUCAUCGCUUAGACGCGUCAACGGCGCGUCGUUCACAAGGAGUUUCUCUCCUGCAGCGGGGCGGAGAAGACAUUUUCAGUUAAAUGUAUCUCGUACUGCAGCAAGGCUGUUUUUUUUUUUUUUUUUUUUUUUUUUAGCUGAGCAUAUACUGUAAAUAGUUAUACCUCCAGUCCUUCUCAGGUCAGAGCUGAUGGGAGGUGGAGCAUUUUGUUGUUGAGAUAUGUGCUGUAUUAUUAAUAAACAUGUUUAAAAUGUUGGUGCA